AUGGAAAGCAACCCCAUAACCAAGGCCAUGGCUACAGAGGAAAUCGCUGCUGGACAUAGAAUGGUCGGUGAAAUGCUUGUAGGAGCGGCACACAAGGGACCCAAAUACCUUCAGGAAGCCGGCUUCCGUUGCCCCACCGAUCCGCACGAUGGGUUCAUGCAGUACGCGUACCAAACGAAGCUGAACACGUUCCAGUUCUUUGCUAGUAUACCGAGUGCCCUGAGAGACUUCAACCUCUUCAUGGGGAACACGAUGGGAGCUCGUGAAUAUUGGGUUGACUGGUUUCCAGUCCAGGAGCGGUUGCUAGAGGGGGCAACCAUCACUAAGGAGUCGGCCCUACUCGUGUAUGUAGGCGCUGGCAGAGGUCACGACUUGAUCGCGUUCCACGCACGAUACCCUCGUCAAGAAGGGCGGCUCGUUCUCCUGGACUUGGCCCCAGUGAUCGACAGCUUACAGGACGUCGAUCCAGCCAUCGAGUGUGCACGAUCGUACUUCUACCAUCAUAUCCUACAUUACUGGUCUGAUUCCAUCUGCUUGGAGAUGCUGGAGCAGGUCAAGGCCGCCAUGACACCUAGCUACUCGAAAUAA